AUGGAUUUUCAACUUCUUUUAGGCUUUUACAUUAUGUCUAACAUUACAAAGCUCGAGUUUGCAGCACUUGAAGUUAGUGGGAAAACUUAUGUGUCAUGGAUGAUAGAUGUAAAAAUGCAUCUUGAGUCCAUGAGAAUCUCAAAUGUUAUAUAUGAAUUUAAUAAUUGUUUGGCACAAGACAAAUCAAAAGCACAAGUUUUCUUUCGUAAGCAUAUGGAUGAAAUGUUGAGAUUUGAAUAUCUUGAUGUUACUGAUCCAAGUAUUCUCUGGAAUCUUUUGAAAGAAAGAUUUGAUUAUCAAAUGAAAGUUAUACUUCCAAAUGCUAGAGAUGAAUGGAGAACACUGAGGUUUCAAGACUUCAAAAAAGUAAAUGAAUACAACUCAACUUUGUUCAGAAUAUGUUCAAAACUCAAGUAUUGUGGACAAGAAGUUACUGAUGAAGAUAUGUUGGAUAAAACAUACUCCACAUUUCAUACAACAAACAUUACCUUGAUGCAACAAUAUCGGAUGCCAAAGUUCACAAGAUAUUCUGAACUGAAUGCAUGUUUGCUCGUUGCAGAGCAAAACAAUGAACUCUUGAUGAAAAAUCAUGAAUCUCGUCUAACGGGAUCAGUAGCACUUCCUGAAGCAAAUGCUACAAAUAUUGAUGGUCAUCAAAACAAUACACGUGGACAAGGGCGUGGUCGUGGUCGAGGAAGGCGCCGUGACUAUUUUAAUCGAAACCAAAGUCAUAAUCAGAACCAUAAUUUUGGUCGUGGACAAGGACAUUGGUCAAGGACCUGUCGCACACCUGCACAUCUUGGUCAACUUUAUCAAGAGUCCAUCAAAGGAAAAGGAAAAGAAGCAAACCUCAUUGUUAAUGUUGAAUUCACUCCGCUAAAUGUUGCUGAUUUCUGCAAUGACAUGUAA